AUUUUUCUCAAGGGCGGGUUUAAAUGACAAGUGAUGUAAUUCCAACUUUUUGGCAGUGGCCAGUCAGUGGAUCAGGUAAUUGAAUGUGGACAGAAAAAGGAAAGGAAUGCGGGCAUCGAGAUAAAAUUUCCCAACUCGAGACGGAAAUCAAGGACAUCACUGUAAGGAGACGGUCCUGUCACCAUGGCGGGAUUCAGACAAGAGGAUGUUGAGGUGUACUAUGAAAUGGGAGAGGAACUGGGAAGUGGUCAGUUCGCCAUCGUGCGGAAGUGCCGGGAGAAGAGCACCAGCUCGGAGUACGCCGCCAAGUUCAUCAAGAAGCGGCGGCUGUCGUCCAGCCGGCGGGGCGUGAGCCGGGAGGAGAUCGAGCGGGAGGUGAACAUCCUGCGCGGCAUCCAGCACACCAACAUCAUCACGCUGCACGACAUCUUCGAGAACAAGACCGACGUCAUCCUCAUCCUGGAGCUGGUGUCCGGCGGCGAGCUCUUCGACUUCCUGGCGGAGAAGGAGUCGCUGAGCGAGGAGGAGGCCACGCAGUUCCUCAAGCAGAUCCUGGACGGCGUCCAUUACCUGCACUCCAAGCGCAUCGCCCACUUCGACCUCAAGCCUGAGAACAUUAUGCUGCUGGAUAAGAAUGUUCCUAACCCCCGGAUCAAGCUGAUCGAUUUUGGGAUUGCACAUCAGAUCAAAGCGGGGAAUGAGUUUAAGAACAUCUUUGGCACGCCGGAGUUUGUAGCUCCAGAGAUCGUCAAUUAUGAGCCCCUUGGCCUGGAAGCAGACAUGUGGAGUAUUGGCGUCAUCACGUACAUCUUGCUGAGUGGCGCCUCCCCCUUCCUCGGAGAGACUAAACAAGAGACACUGACCAACAUCUCGGCCGUCAACUACGACUUCGACGAGGAGUACUUCAGCAAUACCAGUGAACUGGCCAAGGACUUCAUUCGUAGACUACUGGUCAAAGAUCCAAAGAAGAGAAUGACUAUUGAAGACAGUCUGCAGCAUCCCUGGAUCAAGGUGAUCAAGCGGCGGAACGUGAGGCAGGAGGAGAGCGGGCGCAAGCCGGAGCGCCGGCGCCUGAAGACCACGCGUCUGAAGGAGUACACCAUCAAGUCCCACUCCAGCAUGCCGCCCAACAACACCUACGUCAACUUCGAGCGCUUCUCCCAGGUGAUGGAGGAGAUCGGCGCGGCCGAGGAGGGCCUGCGGCAGCUGGAGCGCAACCAGCGCUCGUGCCAGGAGGACGUGGCCGCCCUGCUCUCCAUCUACGACGAGAAGGAGGGCUGGUACAAGGAGGAGAACGAGAGCAUCGCGGGCGACCUGGGGCACCUCCGGCAGGAGCUGCAGCGGGCCCAGGCGCAGCGGCGGCAGAGCCAGGAGGAGGUGCGCGCCGCGCUGCUCUCCGCCAACGCCCUGAAGCGCAAGUUCGGCCGGCUGGAGAACCGCUUCGACUCGCUGGCCGAGCAGCUGGCCUGCGAGGUGCGCUGGGUGGAGGAGCUGGUGCUGUCGCUCGACCCCGAGAAGCGUUCGGGCUCCGGCCUGCGCUGAGCCCCCCGCCCCUCCGGCCCCCGCCCCGCCCCUCCGCCCCUCCGGUCCCCCCCCCCCCCCCGCGCGCUCUCUGCCCCCCCCUCGUCCUCCAUACGCGUGUGGCUGCCGAUGCAUGACCUGACUGUACCUGUACCUGUACCUAUCCAGCCGGUCCCUUCAUGAGCGGCCCAGACUCGAGUCGGUACUGGAAGCGCCUGCCGGAUGCCGACGUGCCAAUCCUCAGAUUUCAGUUUCGCCAUGUAUACUUUACACAUUCACAUAUUUAAUGAGAUUAUAGUUCGGACCGUGUACAUUCUCAGUGGAAUCUUUGUUCAGUGUUUUUUUUUAUUUUUAUUAUUAUUAUUAUUAUUUUUAUUGUUUUAUGUUUUUUUUUUUAAAACACUACACUGUUCAUGCAGUGAGUCUGUGUCUUAUUUCACUUUAUUUCCUUAUGAAAAGCUUUCUUGUAUCAAUUUACAGCAAUAUUUUGGGCUUUCAUAUUUGACUUUUGUGCGUUGUUGUUUGUUAAUAAGCUACAUUUGUUUGAAAUAAUUUGUUGUAUUAAUAACGGGAUAUAUUUUUAGGCCUUACUCGCUACUUUUAGAUUUGUUUAUUCCGGGGUAAGAGGGCUGUAUGUUCAGUACUGUAAGUGUCACUUUUUGCCUACAUACGCAUGUCUGUAGCCUCCACUCUAAAUGAGCUGUGCCAGCCCCUUACGGUGGUCUGUAGCCAGGAAAAAAACCUGCCUCUCACCCAGUAAAACAGUAGUCCGCAGUGAGUAGAUCGCUGAAUGUAGCAAUAUGUAGUGUGCAGUCAACAUUCCCGUUCCUAGGGCAACAUCACGCAAGCUAGCACUGGGGGGGGGAAAACACAGCUUCGUCAAGAUGUCAUGCUUUUCAUACCCUGUGUACAGUAGGACAGUGUUAUGGGUGUCAGUAUGGGCUAAUUGCAUGUCUAGUCAUGAAGACCCUUUUCACAAUGUGCCAAUGGCGGUCUGGUUCAUAUUCUGCAGUGCAUGUAAAUGAAUGAAUAAUGGCUGAAAAAAACUUUUAAUAAACUAAAGUAAAACUGUAGGGAACUCCGUGGGAAGGAGCUCUUAACACAUCUUUGGUGCCUUUGAUUGAUGUGGUCGAGCAGGCUGCUUUACUGUUGAACUGAAACACGGUUAAAUGGUCCAGUGUUAAUUCAGCACUUGUGACUGUAUGUACUCUGUUAGUGUUGAAUUAACACUGGACACUUUGCCGUGAAGGCAUGAUGACGUUCAGUUUUCCGAAAAUGUGUAUGUGGUCAAGAGGAUACUGGAUUUAUGGAAGCCCAAUAAAACACUAUGCUUGUAUGGCUCUCCAUACCAAUACACGGCUGCUCUUCAAUACGAAAGUAUGAGUUUGAUAUAGAUCAUAACGGGUCAGUUUCACAGAUUCCCAUUAAGCCAAGUGCUGGAUUACAUUCAGUUUUGAAUGGAGAUUGAGGACUAGGGUUCAUCUGUGUCUUUGAAACCGGCCCAAUUUCUGUCAGUUUUCAACCUUUCAGUCGAAUGUCACUACGCCUGCCAAAUAGUAUGCAUGGUCUUCGUUCAUCUGUCAAACAUCUGUGUUUUGUCUUAUUUUUUAAAUGUCUUUAAGCAUUCCAAGUGUACUCUUAUUUUGAAUGUAUAUCAUUCCAUGGUUAUGUGUAUAAACUAUAUAUUUGCUAUGAAAUAUAUAUAUAAAUAAAAUAUAAAUAUGUAGCAGUGUAUCCUCUUAGUACUACUGCUUUUUACAAAUGUGUAAUCAUUUAUUGAACGUUAAUGUCAACAUCAUAUAAUGGUCAUGAGCACCCUAAAUCUGUUUCUUUUUAAUAAAAUCCAUUGAAACCA